GAUGCAUCAAUACUCUUGCUAAGCAAUUUAUGUUGACAUAAAUGGGGAACAAUAAUAGGUGACUAUUAUCUCAAAUUGUGGUUCAUUGUUAAUAAAAGUACUUAUUGCAUUAAGAAUUUAAAAAGACAUUCCUAAACGACUAAUAGAUGGUAUACUUGCCAGUUGGCUCUAUGGACACUAUACUACACUUUGGUAAAGAAAUCAAUGAAAGUAUAUAACUCUAUAAUUAAAGAUGAAGAAAUGUAUACACUGAACCUAGAGAAUCCUGAAACACAAAUAAAAGUGUCUUUUCUUUUGAGUUAAAAGGAUAAUUAAGAACUUUAAAAUCAAUUAAGAGGAAAGUAAGUUUUCUUUCGCUCUUAAAAUCCUCGAAUAUUGGCUUAGAUAGCACCUGGGAUCUGUAAAAAAAGAUACUUAUAUAUUAGAACUGAUUCAAACAUAAAACAAUGUCAUGAUUGAAAAAAUAGCUCCUUUUCCUAAGACAUUGAAUGAUAUAGCUUCGAUUAACAGACUAGUAAGAGAUUUAGUUUAAUUAUUAGGGAUAAUUGAAACAAGAAGCAGAUAUUCUGUCUUUUUUGAAAGAACAUGAACAUUAAAAUAUAAUUAAAUUGGAAGAAAUUGUGACUGACAAUGAAUUUGUAUCAAUAACACUGGAAAAUUGUUAAGGAGGAGAUCUCCUUAAAUUACUGAAUAAGAAAACCAAUAAAAUAAAUGAAUCUCUCAUUAUGAUAAACUUACUUUCAGGUACUUGAUCUUCUUAAUAAUUAAAUAGGUUUAAAACAUCUUCAUGAAUUAAACAUAGUACAUCGAGAUAUCAAACUAUAAAACAUAUUAUUCCUAGAUAAUUAAAAUGGCAAUACUUUAAAAAUUGCCGAUUUUGGUCUUUCCUGUUUCAAAUAACAAAUUCCAUACUAUAACCCAAGGUAAUAUUUAAAAAAUAAAUUCAAUAGAUGUGGAACUCCUGGAUAUACUGCUCCAGAAGUAUUUGCUUAAUAAUGUAUUUAUGAUGAGAAAGUGGAUAUUUAUAGUGCUGGAAUAAUCCUAUAUAAUAUGUAUAAAAAAUUGACUUAUAUCUAUUUAGGUUAACUAGGAAAAAUCCAUUUGGUAAUUCAAAGAAUGUCCAAGAUAUUAUAAAAAGAAACAUUAGUGGUUAAUAUGAUGAAAGUCAUUUAACAAAUGUUAAAAUAAAUAACCCUCUAGGAUAUGAUUUACUUAUUAAGAUGCUUUAAAAAGAUCCUCUUAAUCGUCCUAGUGCAAAUGAAUGCUUAUAACACCCUUAUUUAAAUUUAGAAAAUAGAAUAAUUGAGGAUGAUGAAAAUUAGAAUAACAAUGAAAGUCAGAAAAGAAAUUAAGUAUCAAAACGUGUAAAGAUUUGAA